UAACACGUGAUUCAGGGAGAGGUAGCUGCUGCCUCGUUGUUUUGUGCCGGGUGUCUGAUUCAGACCUGAGACGUGGCUGGUAGAUCGCUUUACAGUGAACACGGGGGGUUAAUUUAGGUGUGAGGUGAAAUCUGAAGAUCUAACGCCCCCUCAGCCUGAAGAGAAGUCAUGGAGGGUCCGGUUAGACCCGUGUUUACCUACACUCAGCAGGACUUCGUUCACCAGGUCUACAGGACGGGCGGAGAACCUGAACACAGCAGGUUUGACCUCACUCUCAGGUCAGGCUGGAAGGAGAAGAUGAGCCGCGGUCUGUUCAGAUACCACCUGGGGGAGCUGGAGACGAGGCUCCUGCCUGGGGAGGGGGACUAUGUUGCCCAGCUUAACAUCCAGAGGGGCAUAGAGAGGAGAAAACCUCAGGAGAUCCUCAGCAUCAAGCAGAACUUCGACCCAAAACUCUUCAAUUUCAACAAGAUCAACCCAGAGGAGGUACUGUUUGAAAUGUGUAGCUGUGGAGCUGACCCAGGAUCAGAUGACAAAGGGAAGUCAGCUGAGACCUGUCAUCAGAACGGGUUGACCACAGGGUCGUGUAUGGUCAUCAUAAACGUGAGCCCCCUGGAAUUGGGACACAGCCUGCUAGUGCCUGAGCCAGCCCAGUGCCACCCCCAGAUCCUGACUCCUCUAGCUGUCCAAGUAGGGAUAGAUUCGGUGUUCCUGAGCGCUGAUCCAGGGUACCGGGUGGGCUUUAACAGCCUAGGGGCCUUUGCUUCUGUCAAUCACUUACACCUGCAUGGAUAUUAUCUGAACCACACACUGAGGCUAGAGUGGGCGCCCACAGAGCCCCUAGUCCCAGAGAAGUGUUUAUACCAGCUCACAGGCUUCCCCCGUGCCUUCAUGAUUUACACCGAGGGCCAGGACCCCAGGGUGGCGGCCACAGUCACCUGCAAGCUCACAGACAUCCUUGUGGAUAGAAACAUUGCACAUAAUGUGUUCAUGAGCCGGGGCUGUCCACCCAGCAGCAAUAACAGCAGUAGUAGCAGCAGCGAGGCUGUGCCCUCAGGCCUCAGGCGUGGGGUACGGAUCUGUAUCUGGCCCCGGGUCUCCUGUUUUGGGGCAAAAGAAGAAUCAGCCUUCAAUGUGGCUCUGUGUGAACUAGCAGGUCACCUGCCCUUCAAAAACAGAGAAGACUUUAAAGACAUCGACGAGGAUGGAGUUAAAGCCAUCGUCCAGAGAUACGUCUUCAAUGACCAGGAGUUCAGUGACCUGCAACAAGAAGUUGUUGGACAGCUGUGUGAAGUAAAUGGCGUAAAGUAACAAAGUGCCCAAAAUAAUUUCCAGUGGAAGUCAAUAUAGAUCAUUUUUGCAAUUAUUAAUUUAAAAGCUUAAAUUCAGCACUGCCAGAUGUGGAAAAUGUGGCAAAAUGUAGGUUUUCUGUGACAAUGAAAUACAAUAAAAUACAAUCUGGAAACAUUUAGGGACAUCCCUGUUGUAAAAUCCAACUCAAGGCCAGUAUUAUCUGGUUGCAAGCUGGUUUUCGAUGGUUUGAGCUGGUGUUUGGUGGUCAAGAUGGAUAAAAAUGUUGUCAACAAGGCAUUGUACACUACACUUGUCGAGAGAUUGUUAACUAACUAGCUUCCCAUGAUAGGGGUUUUAGAUAUGAUGCUGGUCAACUAGUGUGGUCAAUACAAGGAUGUUUUUAAAGCAAAACUAGAUAUACAAUGUUUUCUGUCACAGACAAAAUAUAUAACCUGGACAUACAUACUUAGUUAUUUUAUUAGUAGUAGUAUUUUAUUAGUAGUAUUUUAAAUUGUUUAAACUCAGGGUGUGCCAAUUGCUUGUUAUUCAUAAUGGAAAUGUAGGUUCAUGAGGAUGUGAUGUUUGUUUUCUGAACUCUGUGUUACAACAUUGCCAAACUAUUAUCUACCACUCUCCUUAUGUUAUGUUCUGUUAAAAAACACUAAAAUCAAUUGUGGCCUUUAUUUAUGGCUGUGCCUUCUAAGUAAUUCAUUUACCUACUUUAACUUGAACUCAUUGCUGACACAUAUGUGCAAAUGCACAGACAGCUUGUUUAGUCCCUGUGGAGAAGUUCUGCCAAUAGAAACUGAAUGUAAACAUGAGCUGAGAAGAGUAUGAACCUGUAAGCUGUUGAGCUGUGGAGCAGUGAACUUAUGUUCUCAGGAAUGAUGUCGGUGUUUAGAAAGUGUGUGCACGCAUAUAUGUAAUUGUUUUGUGCCUGCAUUAUUAUUGGUCACAAGAAAUAAAAACAGGGGGAAGCUUA